AUGUUAAAGGUGAUCGUAUUGCUUUUAAUCAUCUCAUCGACUUUUGUUGAUGCACGAGCACUUCGUAAACGACGUCAAUUAUCCUCAUCAAGUUAUUAUAUUUCAAAUAUAAAUCCAUAUUCCAGUUCUUAUAAUCCAUCAGUUCCAUUAACAUAUCCAUCAGGUUCAUUUUAUAGUGGUCCUAGUUAUGGUUAUGGUUAUCCAAAUCAAGGUACUAGUGGAGAUCAAUAUUACAAUACGAACUAUUAUGGUGCUGGAUUAGGUCAAUAUAGUCCAACGUAUUCAUCUGGAAUAGGUCAAACUUAUCAAUAUCAAAAUUUAGGUAGUACCUAUGGAAGUGGAUUAAAUGGUUAUGGACCUACUGGAUUUAACAAUCAAUAUGCCAAUUGGAAUCAAGGAAAUAGUAAUCAAUAUUAUACAGGUGGAACAGGUAAUGGACUAGUUAAUACCGGUUAUUACUGGAAUCGAAAAUCAGGAAAUAUACCCUUUCAAGGACCACCUAUGGAUAAUAGGAAUUUAAUGGAAUCAGAUCCACGUGUAUUUAUUGAAAAUUCACCACCAAAUCGUCCUCCAGGCAAAUGA